GUCUGGGCGCCGGCGCUGCCCGGGACCCCGGCCGGCGAGACCUGGCCCCCAGCCCUGGGGGACUUGGUGCUGCGGCCCAGGGGAGGGGCCGAGGCCGCUGCCGGCUCCGGGCCGUCCCGGGGGCGGGGCCUUGAGGGCUGGCCCCGCGGCUCCUCCCCUCUCCGCUGUCCCUGUCGGCCUUUGGCCAGGCAAGCUCUUAUCACAGCCCAAUGACGACUAGGCCCAACCUUUCCCGCCCUGAACCUACAGACCCGACCGAAGGGGAGCGCCGGGCGGCUUUAUUGCUGUCUCCACUGCCACUGCGGCGAGAGCUCCCCGGCUCUACCUUGAAACCAGCUCACCUCAGCUUAGCCCAGCGUCUGACCCUCUUGAACUACAACCGGCGCUCUUAUCUGGACUUGGCUGGCGAGAUACUUUGUGUCAGAAGGCUCGGGACCUAGUGCCAUCGAGGUCUUGGGGACCCAGGAUCCAGAGAACAUGGGAACCGACGUGCCAGCGUCGGAGCAGAUCAGCUGUGCCAAAGGUUAUCCACAAGUUUAUUGCCCUAAAGAUACUGGAGGCACCGCGGCUGUGCGGGUUACACACCGGGAGAUCCUUGAGGACAUUAGACCCCAAAAUGAACCAAGCUACUGCAGUCCGGAAGACUUUGGGCAGCUGAUGGAUUCCUAUGAGGGUAAAGCUAGGGGCUACCAGGUGCCUUCCUUUGGUUGGCGCAUCUGCCUGGCUCACGAGUUUGCAGAGAAGAGGAAACCCUUUCAAGCUAACAAUAUCUCCCUAAGCAACCUGGUAAAGCACUUGGGCAUGGGUAUCAGGUACUUGAAGUGGUGGUACCGGAAGACCCAGGUGGAAAAGAAGAAACCUUUCAUCGAUAUGAUCAAUUGUGUGCCCCUGAGACAGAUCUAUGGUUGUCCCCUGGGUGGCAUUGGUGGAGGUACUAUUACCCGUGGCUGGAGAGGCCAGUUCUGUCGUUGGCAGCUUAACCCAGGAAUAUACCAGCACCAGACAGUUAUCGCUGACCAGUUUACAGUGUGCUUGCGUCGGGAGGGACGGACUGUGUACCAGCAAGUUCUGUCCAUGGAGCGUCCAAGUGUCCUGCACAGCUGGAACUGGGGCCUGUGUGGCUACUUUGCUUUCUACCACGCCCUCUAUCCCCGAGCCUGGACUGUCUAUCAGCUUCCUGGCCAGAAUAUCACCCUCACUUGUCGCCAGAUCACACCCAUCUUGCCCCAUGACUACGAGGACAGCAGCCUGCCUGUAGGAGUCUUUGUGUGGGAUGUAGAAAACGAAGGGGAUGAAGCUGUGGAUGUAUCCAUCAUGUUCUCCAUGCGAAAUGGCCUGGGGGGUGAAGACGAUGCCCAGGGGGGUUUAUGGAAUGAGCCCUUCUGUCUGGAGCAGGAUGGGGAAACUGUUCAAGGGCUGCUGCUGCAUCAUCCAACCCUUCCAAAUCCUUACACCAUGGCUGUGGCUGCGCGACUCACGGAAGAUUCCACGGUAACCCACAUCACAGCCUUUGAUCCUGACAGCACUGGGCACCAGGUGUGGCAGGACCUACUUCAGGAUGGACAGCUGGACUCCCCCGCUGGCCGAAGCAACCCCUCACAGAAAGGAGCAGGCAUCGCUGGGGCUCUGUGUGUUUCAGGCAAGCUGCCACCUCGAGGCCGGUGCUCCCUGGAGUUUUCACUGGCUUGGGACAUGCCCAGGAUCAUGUUUGGAGCUAAGGGGCAAGUCCACUACAGGAGGUACACAAGGUUCUUUGGCCCAGAUGGUGAUGCAGCUCCUGCCCUUAGCCACUACGCAUUGUGCCACUAUGCAGACUGGGAAGACAGGAUCUCAGCAUGGCAGAGCCCAGUAUUAGAUGACAGAUCCUUACCUGCCUGGUACAAAUCUGCACUAUUCAAUGAACUAUACUUUCUGGCGGAUGGGGGCACAGUGUGGCUUGAAGUUCCUGAAGACUCCCUACCGGAGGAGCUGGUAGGAAGUAUGGGUCAGCUUCGUCCCAUCCUUCGGGAAUACGGUCGAUUUGGCUAUCUUGAGGGCCAAGAGUAUCGCAUGUACAACACAUAUGAUGUCCACUUUUAUGCUUCCUUUGCCCUCGUUAUGCUCUGGCCCAAAAUUGAGCUCAGCCUACAGUAUGACAUGGCUCUCGCAACCCUCAGGGAGGACCUGACACGUCGACGGUACCUGAUGAGUGGGGUAAUGGGACCUGUGAAAAGGAGAAAUGUCAUUCCCCAUGAUAUUGGGGACCCAGAUGAUGAGCCGUGGCUCCGGGUCAAUGCAUAUUUGAUCCAUGAUACUGCUGACUGGAAGGACCUGAACCUGAAGUUUGUGCUGCAAGUUUAUCGAGAUUAUUACUUGACGGGCGACCAAGGCUUCCUGAAGGACAUGUGGCCUGUGUGUCUAGCCGUGAUGGAAUCUGAAAUGAAGUUUGACAAGGACCAUGACGGACUCAUUGAGAAUGGUGGCUAUGCAGACCAGACCUAUGAUGGAUGGGUCACCACAGGCCCCAGUGCUUACUGUGGAGGGCUGUGGCUGGCAGCUGUGGCUGUGACGGUCCAGAUGGCUGUUCUAUGUGCGGCACAGGAUGUCCAGGAUAAGUUUUCUUCCAUCCUCAGCCGGGGCCAGGAAGCCUAUGAGAGACUGCUGUGGAAUGGCCGCUAUUACAACUAUGAUAGCAGCUCUCAGCCUCAGUCUCGAAGUGUCAUGUCUGACCAGUGUGCUGGGCAGUGGUUCUUGAAGGCCUGUGGCCUAGGAGAAGGAGACACUGAGGUAUUUCCUACCACACAUGUGGUCCGUGCUCUCCAGACUAUCUUCGAGCUCAAUGUCCAGUCCUUUGCUGGAGGGGCCAUGGGAGCUGUGAAUGGAAUGCAGCCCCAUGGUAUCCCUGAUAGAUCCAGUGUGCAGUCUGAUGAAGUCUGGGUGGGUGUGGUCUAUGGCCUGGCAGCCACCAUGAUCCAAGAGGGCCUGACAUGGGAGGGCUUCCAGACAGCUGAAGGCUGUUAUCGUACUGUGUGGGAGCGCCUUGGCCUGGCUUUCCAGACCCCAGAGGCAUACUGCCAGCAGCAGGUAUUCCGCUCACUGGCCUACAUGCGCCCGCUGAGUAUCUGGGCCAUGCAACUGGCCCUGCAACAGCAGAAGCAUAAAAAAGCCUCCAGUCUGAUAGUCAAUCAGGGCACAGGACUAAGCACAGAGCCUAAAUGUGGACCAAAGGAAGCCUCGGCAAACCUAACCCCAGAGUAAGCCCUCCAAACCACGAGAUCACAACCUCCAGGCUGGUCUUUGCUCCUUACCCCCACUUCCUGCAGCCCUGAGCCAACAGGACAAUCAUGCUCCCUCCCUUCUCCUCACCCAACUGUGCCAGUAAAGAGGGGCUGAGGGUGAAGCAAGCA